AUGGAUUGUAAAAAAGUGGCUCAAGAUUUCGCCAGUAUUCUGGAGGAAUUGACUUGCAACUCAAGGCCUAUCAUCACUACCCUUACAAAGACAGCAGAGGAAAACAUAGCUUGCGCACAGCAGCUUGUUGACGCGAUAGAAAGGCGUAUUGAGCGAUGCGUGCCGAAUCAAAAACUGUACGCCUUUUACGUAUUGGAUUCAAUCUGCAAAAACGCUGGAUCUCCCUAUACCAUUUAUUUUAGUCGAAAUCUUGCAAAAUUGUACAAACGUACCUAUCUUUUGGUGGACAACCAGACUCGUUCGAGUUUGAUACGGUUGUUCCAAACAUGGCUCAAUCACAACCAGGGCUCAAUGGGCCAUCGUUUGUUCGGGCAAGAAGCCUUAGACGCUAUUGAGCAGUUCUUAGUCAAGGCCAGCUCAUUCCAAUUGAAAAAGGUGUCACCGCCGACAGUACCUGGUCUGUUGCGUGAGAUAGACAAGCUCACUUCCUUAACCAAAGAACGUGCAUCCCAAAAUCCCCAGGACCCUAGAUUGAAUACAAAGAUUUUGGUCUUGAAACAGCUCAAACAAGAGCUACAACGAGAAUCAUUAGCCCCACAAGCUUUACAAGAAGUCCAAUCCCAGCUGCGCAAGAUCUUUUCUCAAGAACAGCAAAUUCUUCGAAAGCAACAGCAGCAGCAACAGAAUCUGCAGAAAACCGUAUAUCAAAGCUCCAACCCUAUGAGUGCCUCGCCCUCUCAAGAACCUACGCCAACUCCUGCAGACCCUGGAGUAAUUCCACUAUUUGGUUCUACUUCAGCCUCGUCUUCCUUCUUCCCAAAUGCAAGCAAUAUCGUUCCACCUUCUGAUUCUUCGCGGCAGGCAGACCGCGUCCAGAAGCUUUACGGCUCAUUGGCAAAAGAAGGAUUAAUAAAACCCAUUCCUCAGCAGUCUAUCGUCAGACUGGAGAGCGUUCUUUCGAAAAAUAUCGAUGAAAGCCUUAAAGUCACACUACCGCCCUUACACUUGAUGCGAGAUAUUUUGGGGGAUGUGAAGUCGCACUUUGCAGCAUACGGUCUCGAUAUUCUGAAAGCGCCCAACUUGCAGCUCUGUCAAAAGACCAUAAUCGAUGAAAAUCCUGCUGUGUACCAACUAAAAAAUCUACUCUACAGGUACAAGCCAAACAAGUGCAGUACUUGUGGGAAGAGGUUUGGAACCUCAGAUGACGAGAAAAAGCGUGAAAGAGAUCACCUGGAUUGGCACUUCAGAAUCAAUAAGAGAAUCAAGGGCACUUCAGGUUCAAACGGUACUUCAGUUAAAAACAUCCAGUCCAGAAAUUGGUACUUGGGUGAUGACCAAUGGCAACAAUUCAAUGAUGAGGAAAUUGUUUCGACUACUAGGUCAGACAAUGAACCUUUAACAUUGGCCAAGCUGGAUGCCGCUUCUGUCGACGAUACAUUUAAUCACGCAGCUUCGGGUCAAGGCCUAGCGGCAGUGGCUGAUGUAUCGAACUUGGCGAAAAAACGCGUUGUAGUGCCUGAAACGUCAAUAGACAUGUCAUUCCAGUGCCCAAUUUGUCGUGAUGACCAAUCAGCUGUAUACGACGAUGACACUGGAGAAUGGGUCUGGCUGAACUGUAUUGAGUCCCAAGGCAAAUAUUUCCACGCCACAUGUUUCCAUGAGGCUGCAAGCAGUGCUCCGCAGCAAGCCCUUCACCAGGGACUGGAGCGCUUGAAAGGACUAGCAGGUUGA